GACCCAAAGGAACUAGAGGCACAUGUGCGACAUCUCGCGAAGUACGUGUUUCCACGCCAGUAUGGCCUAUCGCACCCGUUCGUCGAGAAUGAGCGGGCUAGCUUUCAAUCGCAUAAGUCGCUCGAUUACCUGGACCGGGAAAGUGAGAUCAAGAGAGCCGGGGCGCAGAAAACUCCCAAGAGAGUGAAAGCCGCGCUGCAUAUCCUCGACCAGAUGAUCUGGAAACAUCGAAAAUGCAGAUACAAGGCAUUACUCGAACUAGUUUGCCCAUCGAAGGUCAGAUCCUCCCAGAAUCCGUUCGUGCUGUCACCAAAACGCUUUCGUAGAUCAAGGCAGAGGACAAGUCGACACUCGAUAGCAGUAUUAUCCUUGUAA